GCGGCCACACUUUUUGUGUACUCCUCUUUUGACUAAAACACUGAAAGAAGUUAACUGAGGUGACAGUGGACCACUGACUUGUCGGAGAAUACAGCACGGCUUGUCUUUUUACCUUUUUCUGUUUGGGCCAGAAAGACAUGUCACCUGCUUUGGUGAUUUUGGCCCGGAAAGACAUGUCACCUGCUUUGGUCAUUUUGGGCAUCCUGCUGCUUCAAACUGGAGCUCAGGGAUUUGGAAUUCUGCCAGGAAAUUCACAGAGUCACCUAGAAAUCACGGAGGAAGCCAUUUUGAAUGUCACCGUGCAGGUGUGCCGCGCACUGGCCGAAUCUCAGGGGAAUGACUUCACCUUUCCUUCACAGCCAUUCACCAUCACAGGAGUGGCCGUUGCAUGCAGGGCUGAAAACUCCAUCAAGCGCUUCCAGCUGGCCAUCACGUCCAUCAUAUUCCGGAACGUGCGUGUGGACCUCCUUCAAGCACUGAACGCCAGCUUCCACUUUGACGACGAGUCGUUCAUCAGCGGUCGGAACAUCAUCACCGCUGGCCUGCAGACUGUCAAGGCCAACAACAGGCAGCAGAACUUUGAAGCAGCUCAGGAAAACCUGGGAAAGAUUCUACAUCCGUUACAGGAUUUUUACAGCCAUAGCAACUGGGUGGAGAACGGCAAUGAAUUUCCAAAUUCCAACCUUAUCAGAUCAGACACCAGCAUCGGCAACAUAGCAGAUGAGAGCAGGGCAACCUGUCGCAGCUGCGAUGGAGACGACUGCAGCAACAACAUCCUAGAGGACAUCAUCCAGGAGCAGAUACUGACCUCGGGAUAUUUUGGAAUCAUUCCAGUGGUGUCCACCAAGCCCAGCGGAAAGUGCAGCCAUGGAGGAGCCCUGGACCUGACCAGCAGGAUUGAGCCCACUGGUGGGAUCAACAAAGACAUGUUUGAUUCAGAACACGGCUUCCUCCACACAGUGGCAGCCAAUCUGGCGGUAUCGGCAACUAGUGAGAUCCUGGAGAACAUUCGCCAGGCCGCGGGAGAUGCGCCAUUCCUCCAGAUGUUGGGCAUCUCCAGAGGAUCCGGGAAAGCCCUCUGUUUCGCCAUUGACACCACACAGAGUAUGAGCGACGAUAUUGCGGCCGUGCAGAGUGCCACAUCCUCCUUCAUCAACAGCCAAGUGGGAACUAUUAAUGAACCUUCGUCCUACAUUCUCGUGCAAUUCAACGAUCCAGAAUUCGGGCCGCUGAUUAGGACGAGCGAUCCAGAAGUCUUCAAGAACAAUAUUGAUGAUCUGUCAGCAAGCGGUGGAGGAGAUGAAGGAGAGUUGAGUCUCUCUGGGCUUCAGUUGGUGCUGUCGAAUGCUCCACAGAGCUCGGACAUCUUCCUCUUCACGGAUGCACCCGCCAAAGACCAACAGCUGAAGUCCACUGUAAUUGUUCUCAUUGAGCGGACUCAGUCUGUGGUGUACUUCCUGAUCACAGGAACAGGGGAUAACAGACGGCGUCGGCGUUCAAAUAGUGACCUGCAGCAGCACAAAAGGAUUUCAUCAUCAGAUGUUCAGCUGUACCGAGACCUGGCCCAGGCCGCGGGAGGUCUGGUGAUAGAAGUGGAAAAUGACGAACUCUUGGAAGCCACCAGCAUCAUCGGGCAGAUGUCCAGCUCCUCUGUGGUGACACUUGUGCAGGCAUCCGUGACGCCAACACAGGAAACGGAAACAUUCAUAUUUAUCGUUGACCGGCCCACGAACAUUGUCCGACUUCUCAUUACAGGAAAUCCUUCUCGCAUCGUACUCGGCAACCCUGAAGGCAUUAUGGUGACAGUCGGUGGCAUGGGCGCGGACCGAUUGAUCUCGUCCUCGCAAUCGGUGGGAAACUUCCAAACUUUGGAGCUAAGGACAGAAGAAGUGGGAACUUGGAAAGUGCAAAUAGCGGCAACAAAUCCAUACACGCUGAAGGCCACAAGUCAGAAUCCCCUUGACUUCCUGUUUGACUUUGUGGAGUAUGUACCCUCGAAGAACACAUUUGAUGUUCUUGACACACGUCCCACAGCCAGCACCAAUGGUAGCCUGGUGGUGACGCUAACGGGCAGCGACACGGCUACUGUGACGGAAGUCACUCUGGUUGAGUCGGCGAGUUUGGUAGAGGUUCAGGGGGUCGUGGAGCCGCAGGGGCGCCGCAACUUCCUGGUUCGGGUCGACACGAUUCCCUCUGUUCCCUUUGUGGUGCGUGUGAAGGGCAUUGUGAACACCACGAGUGGAGAAUCCAUUUCUUUCCAACGGCAGUCGUCAACCAGCUUCCAGGCAUCCAAUCUAACCAUUCGGGCUGAAGCAGAUCGCAACCUCAUGCCAGGGAUGGUGUUGUCGGUGCCUUUUUCUGUGAACACCGAGGGAACUGGAGGGAAUGUCUCAAUCCGGGUCACCACCAACAACCCUCUCUACACAGUCAGUGCUCCUAGCACUCUCCCGGUGGAGCCGGGAGUGACUGCCAACAGCACCGUGGCACUCUCCGUGCCCCUCGACACACCGUCGGGCACCACAGUCACCCUCGUCAUAGAGGCAGAAGGCACCGGAGACCUGGACAUUAAUUACAUUGUCCUCAGGAUCUCCGUUUUAAAUCCAGUGACGGACUUCACAGCUCCCGUGUGUGAGGUGCUUUGCAUCGUCAACUGCGUACACGACUGCAACACAACCUCGUGGGAGUUGUCGCUGCGCGUGAGCGACGGCACCGAAGGGACGGGUGUGGAGCGGGUCAGCCUCACGCAAGGCAACGGAACGCUGAACAUCAGACCGGCACCUGAUGACCGCAAUGUCAUUCUGGCGACCUACAACGCAUCGUGUGACUCGCCUGAUGUGGAGCUGCUGGUGGUGGACGGCGUGGGCAAUGUGGGCACGUGCGCCUUCAACGCCUUCAACACCACCUCAGGGGGUGUGGCCUCUUCACUCACCCAAACACCCCUCAGCUGUGCUGUGCUCACCCUGGCACUCGGAGUCAUGCUGAGCCUUAACGUGUGGUAAAGUCCAAUCGAAGAACUGUUGCGAGCUUUCUAAUUGGGGCUAAUGAUUUGAUAGUGCUAAGGUGUGCUCUUUGGGGUUUAGCUUUCCCCAGUGGCCAAUAUCCAAUGCUACAGCUUCAAAUGCUUACAAUGCUAAGCAAGCAUUUUAAAAUAUGAAAAAAAGAGGAAAACUGCUUUGGUACCCCAACAUUAAUGCCCUUUUCCUUAUACGCACCAGUUUAACAUAUACACAGUAAGUACUUGAAGGAUUGGUUUUAACUGACCUUAUGAAAUGAUCAUUUUUUUCCCAACAAUCAUAUGCUGCUGAUUCCAUGGAACUAAUCUGUGAAAAAGUAUCUGCUGACCACUGAAGCCACAUUUCAACUUAUGAACAACCUAUAGGAGAAAAAUGUUGAGAUUGCUGCAGCAGAUGAAUGAACGCAAAUGUAAAAAACACUUUA